CGGCCAACCCUGGGGUGUGGGACGGAAAGUGCGUGCGUGUGUGUGUCUGUAAGAGAAGGAAGGUGGCGAAGGGAGGAGAUUUCGAGUGGGAGGAGGGAGGGGAAGGGCGGGAGAAGAGAAAGGUGGGAGGAAAGCCAGGUGGGAGGGUGGCGACUCACUCAGGACCCAGUGGGGGCAGCGCGAUGAGGCGGGUGACCCUGUUCCUUAAUGGCAGCCCCAAGAAUGGAAAGGUGGUUGCUGUAUAUGGAACUUUAUCUGAUUUGCUUUCUGUGGCCAGCAGUAAACUUGGCAUAAAAGCCACUAGUGUGUAUAAUGGGAAAGGCGGACUGAUUGAUGAUAUUGCUUUGAUCAGGGAUGAUGAUGUUUUGUUUGUGUGUGAAGGAGAACCAUUCAUUGAUCCUCAGACAGAUUCUAAACAACCUGAAGGAUUGUCAGGAUCUCACACAGACUGGCUAACAUUAAAUGUGGGAGGGCGGUACUUUACAACCACACGGAGCACUUUAGUGAAUAAAGAACCUGACAGUAUGCUGGCCCACAUGUUUAAGGACAAAGGUGUCUGGGGAAAUAAGCAAGAUCAUAGAGGAGCUUUCUUAAUUGACCGUAGUCCUGAGUACUUCGAACCCAUUUUGAACUAUUUGCGGCAUGGACAGCUCAUUGUAAAUGAUGGGAUUAAUUUAUUGGGUGUGUUAGAAGAAGCCAGAUUUUUUGGUAUUGACUCAUUGAUUGAACACCUGGAAGUGGCAAUAAAGAAUUCUCAACCACCGGAGGAUCAUUCACCAAUAUCUCGAAAGGAAUUUGUCCGAUUUCUGCUAGCCACUCCAACCAAAUCGGAAUUGCGUUGCCAGGGUUUAAACUUCAGUGGUGCUGAUCUUUCCCGUUUGGACCUUCGAUACAUUAACUUCAAAAUGGCCAAUUUAAGCCGCUGCAAUCUUGCACAUGCUAAUCUCUGCUGUGCAAAUCUUGAGCGAGCUGAUCUCUCUGGAUCAGUGCUUGACUGUGCAAAUCUCCAGGGAGUCAAGAUGCUCUGUUCUAAUGCUGAAGGGGCAUCCCUGAAACAGUGUAAUUUUGAAGAUCCUUCUGGUCUUAAAGCCAAUUUAGAAGGUGCUAAUCUGAAAGGUGUGGAUAUGGAAGGAAGUCAGAUGACAGGAAUUAACCUAAGAGUCGCUACCUUAAAAAAUGCCAAGUUGAAGAACUGUAACCUGAGGGGAGCAACUCUGGCAGGCACUGAUUUAGAGAACUGCGAUCUGUCUGGGUGUGACCUGCAAGAAGCCAACCUAAGAGGUUCCAACGUGAAGGGAGCUAUAUUUGAAGAGAUGCUGACACCACUACACAUGUCACAAAGUGUCAGAUGAAGAUUUUAGGGCUGGUGGAAGGUGCCCAAGAUGAAAAAUGUUUUCCUUAUCACUUGUAUUUCUCCACCCAGUCAGUUGUCUAGAAGAAAUAACACUGGAAGGAAAUUAUUUUUUAAAAACAAAACAUUUAGAGGAUUAUGCUUGUUCUCAGUGGGGAAAAAGGACUUUUUCUUCCACAUUCUGAUUUUACCAGAGAAGCACAUACUCAGUAGAUGUAGGGAAGCUGGAUUACAUUGCUGCCUUUUGAAUGGAGUAGGGGGUUUGUCUGGCUUUAUGAACAGGGAGAGUAUCUAUUAUAUUUGCUUUUAAAUAGGCAUGACAUGGAAAUACCAUCGUGGUCUGAAAUGCAUUUGAGGAUUUUAAUUUAUGAUAAGCACAGCAUAUGCAAUUAUAUUUAUUGAAUCUCUAGAUGCAUACGGAUAUUUAAAUUGUUAAACUUUAUGAAAAUUUUGCAGAGGUUGUUCAGGUUUAUAAAUAGCUUUAGUGAUGCCUCCCCUACUUUACCUAUCACACCGUGUGAAUAAGGUGAGAUCAGGCUCUCCAAGGCUCUUUUCGGGUUCAUUUUUAUAGUGUUUAGUUUUUAGAACAAAACAUUAGCUAAAUUAAAGAAAUCCUCCAUUCUUGCUGAUUGAGGCAAGAAGGAAAGACAUCAUUGUAUAUCUUUGUUGGCUGAAGUGACAGUGGAACUCUCCAGAUGGAGGAAGGAUUCACCUAUAGCAACAACUUUGAAAUGAGCAUUCCUUAGAAUUUCAUUCUAAGCAAGUUCCACUCAAUGCCAGACCAGGCAAUUUUAUUUAUUUACACUACUAGCCUAGUUUCCUCCUAUACAGUCAAAGCAAGCAUAGGAAGAUACUUCAAAACCAAAAAAACCAAGGUGCGUUACUAAUAUUCAUUUAAUUCAAUGUCCAAAUAGUUUAAACAGGGCCAGCUUAGAAAUAGAUAUUAGUCCCAAUCCACUGCAGUCAAAGCUAUGAAUAUGAAUAGAUACGGCAAAAUCGUCUUUUAGAAGUCAACAUAAUUGCAGCUAAAACCCUACUGGGGUGAGUGAGGGGUUUUAAACCCAUUUGAUUAUAGCCACAAAAAAACUUAAAAAUAAAGGCAUUUGGCUGAUCCAAGAUGUAAUACCAGUCAGUCAGCACCUCUGGUUCUUUUACUUAUAUGUUCUCGUUUGGUUUUGUUUUAAUAAACUUUAGCCUGAUUUUCUUGAGUCAUCACCUCUCUGCAGCAGCAGACAUAGGGCCUGUACUUCCUUGCCAGUAACCGGGGUCCUUAAUGUCUAUCCAAGAGCAGGGAUAUAAGCUAUGUCCAGAUGGGUUCUGAAUUCUCCAGACUCAUCAAUUUGAGGCAAUGAGAAAAACCACUUGUCUCCGCCUGGAGGAUGACAUGUCUCCAGUAUUCACGUAGUUUAUUCUUCUAUGUAUACAUAUGCAAAGUUUUCCUUACCGUAAAGGGCACAUAUGCAUAGUGGGAGGAGAUCAGACCUUUACAGGUGAAGGAAAGCAACUUCAAAAAUGAAUUAUUUUCUUUGCUUUAUUAUUUUUACCAAAACAGAGAAGUAUUGUAUUGAGAGAUAUCUAUUUUCAUAAUCAAUAUGUGCCUAAAUUAUAUUUAAAUCAUUUCACUCUACUAUAUUUUCAAUAAUUAUAGAAUGUGUUGUUCAUCCACUUAAGGGUAUCUCUGUAGACAUAAACUAAAAAUGCAGAAGAAUCUGAAAGAUCUAAACAGGGUAUGCUUAGAAACUGCAGAGUUUGGAUCUCAUGUAUACUGCAUUAAUAAACGAUGUGAAAUGUU